AUGAGUUACAAAAAACCUGAACCGUUGAUGUUUACGGGCAACUUAGAAGAAAACUGGCGUGUUUUUCGGGAAUCGUAUGAUAUUUAUAUGAAAGCAGCUGGACUCGCAAAAACAACUAAUGAAACGCAAGUCGCUAUUUUACUUAACUUUGUUGGUAAAGAAGGCCUUAGUCGUUAUAAUACAUUUGUGUUUGAAACCCUGGAAGACUCUAAGAAGAUUGAUAGUGUAUUAAAAGCAUUUGAAGCUUACUACUUAAUUAAAGAUUGUGAGUUUGGUUCAGAGGAUGAAAUCUUACGUGACAAAGUAGUUCUAGACACUACUGAUGCUGAUACUCGUAAUCGACUUAUUAAAAAAGGUGAUAUCACUUUGGAUGAAGCUGUGGAAGCACUACGUAUUGCUGAGGUUCAAUAUCGUAACUUAACUCAUACUAAAGAUCAAUGGAGUGCUACUAAUACCUCUGGAAAUAGGGUGUAUUCAAGAGCUUUUAUGUUGCAACUUAGUAGUGAAAUUGUAUGUCAAAGGAAGCUGGAUAUUUUAAAAAGCUGGAGUCACAUUACAAGGUCUGUCAACCCUUCACAAUAUAAUUCUAUAGAAUUAGGAGGUGGAAUGCCAGUAGUGGUUUCACAAAGUGCUAGUGCAACAGGAUUUAUGCCUGCAUAUGGUGCUUAUUUAAAAUCUGGUGAUAGACAGUGUGGUAUGCCUGUAAUGCCUUGUGCUAAAAAUAAUUGCAGUCAUGGUAAAACUGCUAAUAAAACUGCCAAGCCAAAUACUAUUCAUAUGUCUCUAUCACUAAGAGAAGAAGUCAAGUUAAAUCAGACUGAAAAUGCAUGGGUUCCAACGGCUAUUAAAAAAACUACCAAAAUUGAUGCAUCUAAAAAUAAAAAUGAAGUUGAUUUAAUAACUGAGGAUGUCAACAAAAAUGUAAGAUCAAUUUUAAACAAAAUUACUCCAGAAAACAAGGAUUCAUUGACUGAAAUGUUUAAAGAAUUGUCUAUUGAUUCCUAUGAACGUUUAGAAAAAACAGUAGAUUUAAUAUUUGAAAAGGCAAUUGAAGAACAAAAUUUUGCUCGUCUGUGUCAUGCUAUGCAAGGUGUUCAAGUAAAUACUGAUGGCAAAACCACUUCAUUUAAAAAACGUAUCAUUAGUAAAUGCCAAAGUUUAUUUGAAUUGGACAAAGCUCAAGAAAUGGAUUCUGCUAAAAAACUUGCAGAAAUAAAUUCUUGUAAAGAUCCUGAUAAGAAAAAGGAACUUCAAACAGAAUUUAAAGAAAAUGAGGGAAGGCUGCGUAAACGUUCUGUAGGAAAUUGCAGGUUUAUCGGUGAGUUAUUUAAACAAAAAAUGCUUACACCAAAUAUUAUGUUGUAUUGCAUAAACAAUUUAGUCACUAAACACAAUGAAGAGCCAUUGGAAUGUAUAUGCAACUUAUUAAAGACUGUUGGAAAAGAGUUAGAACAAACUUACAACUUAAAUGAAACUUUUGAUAAGUUAAAAGGGUUAACUUCUAAACAAUUCAAAUCCAAGAUUUCCUCAAGAAUACAGUUUAUGAUCCAAGAUGUUAUAGAUUUAAGAGAAGAUAAAUGGAUAACUAGACAUUUAGAGAAUAAACCCAAAUUAAUAAAUGAGGAAUUUGUUAAAAAUAUGUUAAUAAGCUCAUUAGAAAUUAGUCCAAAAUGCCAAACGGAAACUGGCAAAAUGUUUGCUGAACUUUUAUCAAAGAAUGUCCUUUCUAUAGUGGCAUUAACUGAAGGGAUUGAUGCUGUUUUAAAAGAUUGGAAUGAUUAUUUAAUGGAUUACCCUCAAUUUUUUUCCUAUAUUGCUGCCAUUACUGCUCCGUUAUUAAUUUCAAAGACUGCUUCUUUCGACUUUUUUAAUUUAAGAGAUGCUUGCAAAUCUAUAUGUCCUGACAAUUCUAGCAAGUAUUUUAUUGAAAUUUUACAAAAAAUUCUGAGUUCUAAAGAAACUCAAGAUAUUAAAGAGCAAGGUGGAAUACUAUGGAUUUAUAAUAAAUGGAGGAAAUCGGAAAAAAUAUCCAUUGAUGUUUUUGUACCAAACAAUAAACUUAAUGAACACUUCAAAGAAGAUAGAGUUGGAGUUUUUUUACUAUCCAUUGCUAUGUAUGAUAAAAUGAAGUUGACUGAUAGUAAACUAUUAUAUGAUAUAAUGCAUCAGUGGAUAACUGAUAACAUUGAUGGAAAAAUAAUUGAAUGUCCUCAAUUUGUACGGGCAUUAACAAUUGCCAAUGUUUUAGUGUGUUUAAAGCCCAAUUAUUCUUUUGAUGACUUCUUUGACAAGGUGUAUGUUAAGUUGCUUACUUGUUAUAUUCAAUCUAAACCAUUACCUUCACCAGAAAUUCAAGCUCGGGAGGUACAAUGUUUGUAUGGAAUCCAAAUAAUGUCUGCCGCUCUUGAACAUCCAGCAGGUAUGGUAUUGAAACUGUUCCACAAGCUCUACCAAGAUAGUGUAAUCAGUAAAGAAUCCUUUGAACUAUGGAAAAAUGAUGAUGUAUUCAAACCUGGAUUCGAUGAAGACCUUGAAACAAAAACGUGGCAUCUAUGGUGUUGAAUUAAUUCUUCCUUUCUUUCAAAUCAAUUGAUUUGUAAUUUAACAUAA